AUGGUGUUGCUUACUGGACGUCUCAGUGGUACCUCAGUAGUGGCUCAGAUCACCGCCUUCUUCGAGACAGUGCUUCAGCGAAAAGCUGGAAAAGAAGAUCUGCCACUGUACGGUAUCGAGGACUAUCGAGGUUUGCCGAAAGUACGUGUACGUUUCAUCCUGACCUUCGUCGACUAUGAGAAAGUAUUUGACAGUAUCGAGACUAAUGUCAUAGUUUUAGCGCUCGUCGACCAAGGAGGGGACCCAUCUUCCCUUAAACCAAAAAGGUGUUCGACAAGGCGACACCGUGUCGCCAAAGCUGUUGACGUCGCCAUGUACUGGGUGAUGGAAAUCACUGGAUUGGGACGAGAGAGAUAUACGAGUUGGUAUAUCACUGAAGCGGAAACGACGUUGAAAGAAGACGAAGAAGCAGAGACGUGGCCUGACACUGUGGCUACAUCGAAGGCACUUCGUACAACCCACAGAGCGCUGGAACGACGUGUUCUGAAGGAGGCCUCAACCGGAUGGGCUGACAUGUUUGUUGCACGGAUGGACCAGCUGAGUUCUCAGCUGGGAACGAGAAAUGGAUCUGUUCGCGAACGUCGCUGCCAGUUCAAUACCAACAUGUGGAUAACGCUAGCGAGAGACAGAAACGGAUGGAAGCAGUGCUGUAGCUGGGCGGUGGGUAUAGACAAGCCAUCUAACUACCAAAAUGAGUAA